CUCUACAGUGCAUCUCUGAAGCAUGGGCCAUAGAUAAAUGUGAUCCUCCAUGCAUUGAUUUCCUGUUCUCUACUCAUGUACUUGUCUGAAGCAAAGAGAGAAAUCAAUAAUGGAAUCUCUGCUUGUGAAAACUUCAGCUUCCAUCUCUUUUUCGCUCAAGCCUCAGUUAUCUUUGUUUAGGACAGAUUCAUAUCAAGCACCGCAAGUUUCGAAGAGCAAAACAUGGAAUGGUGGAGAAAAGCACUCCUCAAAGCGUAUGCAAUUACAAAGAGUAUCAGCUACUGAACAUCAUCUAGGAAGCAGUGCCAGAAGUAUUUUUAGGUUAAAUUCGAGAUUUAAAGCACGUAAUUUGGUGAAUGCGGCUUCAGAGCUUCCUAUUGAAUCCGAGUCAUCCAACAGCCCUUUAAAGUCAUUUCAAGGCGCAGUAGAUGCUUUCUACAGAUUUUCAAGGCCUCAUACAGUCAUAGGAACAGCACUGAGCAUAGUUUCAGUUUCUCUUCUUGCAGCCGAGAACCUCUCAGAUAUUUCACCAUUAUUUUUCACUGGGGUGCUUAAGGCCAUUGUUGCUGCUCUCUUCAUGAAUAUAUACAUAGUUGGUUUGAACCAGUUGUCUGAUAUCGAUAUAGACAAGGUAAACAAACCAUAUCUUCCAUUAGCAUCAGGCGAAUAUUCCGUGAAAACCGGCGUACUAAUUAUUUCGUCUUUUGCUGUUAUGAGUUUUUUGCUUGGAAGUGUUGUUGGUUCAUGGCCGUUAUUUUGGGCUCUUUUUAUCAGUUUUGGACUUGGAACUGCCUAUUCAAUCAAUCUACCACUCUUGAGGUGGAAAAGAUUUGCAUUAGUUGCUGCAAUGUGCAUUCUUGCAGUGCGAGCAGUCAUUGUGCAAUUAGCAUUCUAUUUGCAUAUACAGACUCAUGUGUAUGGAAGACCAGCUGUCUUUUCAAAACCUUUAAUAUUUGCGACAGCAUUCAUGAGCUUCUUCUCAGUUGUUAUUGCACUCUUUAAGGAUAUUCCUGAUAUUGUUGGCGACAAGAUUUUUGGAAUACGGUCUUUUACUGUUAGAUUGGGCCAAGAAAAGGUUUUCUGGAUUUGCAUUUCACUACUUCAAAUGGCUUAUCUGGUUGCUAUAUUGGUUGGAGCCUCCUCCUCAUGCACCUGGAGCAAAUAUUUGACGGUUAUUGGUCAUGCUGCUUUAGCCUUGAUACUUUGGAAUCGUGCUAGAUCAAUGGACUUCAGCAGAAAAGAAGAAAUCACAUCCUUCUACAUGUUCAUAUGGAAGCUCUUCUAUGCUGAGUACCUACUCAUACCACUUGUGAGGUGAGCCAUGGGAGCUUGGUAAAUACAGUUUCACUUGCUGUAAGAAGGUUAGCCUGUGUUUGGUUAAUCUUGUAAAUACUGUUCAGAGACACAAGUGCGACCUGCUUUUUGCUAUUUCUUGACUUCAUUACAUUUGUAUUUACUCUCGAAUUGGGAUAUCUUAAAAGCUAUGUGUAGUGAGUAGUCACCCUCCCCGCAAGUUCUUUACUGCUCUAUUGUGUUCUGUUCUCGUGAUUCAUUGUAGAAUGAGAUAAUAUUACAAACCUUCCUUCGGUUUCAUGCAAUAAUAACUACUCAGACUACUCCGCCGUAAGUUGUGUAA